AUGAGCAAGCCCGUGAGCCGCCUCCUGGCGACGUCCUUCCGCCAGACCGCCCGGGCGCCGGUCACCACCACCAGCAUACGCCUGCCCAUCCGCUCCUUCAGUCAGACAUGCCGACGGCUCGCCGACGAGUCCGGACCCAACCCGCCCCAAUCGAUAAAAGGGACGCCUUCCGAUCCCCAGUCGCCCGAGGCACCGCCCACACCCGCGCCCGGUAAAUCACCCCUCGAGAGCGCCCCGUCGCCGCGCGGCAGCCCGUCCUCGCCGGCGGCCAGCCUCCGGGACCUGUCGUCCUCGCUGUCGUCGCCGCGGUCCGGCCCGCAGGUGGCGCAGGACGUGUUCGCGCGGGCCCGCAACCAGCCGACGGCGCAGGACAUCCUGGCGGGCUCGGGCGACGAGGGCCCGCUGGACAAGGAGAACUGGGCGGCGUACGAGGAGCCCUUCCACUUCCACAUCUACGGCCACAAGCACAACACGCACAUCACCGUGACCAAGCCCGACCGCAACGCCAUCCUCAGCGUCUCGGCCGGCCAGAUCGGCUUCCGCAAGACCAAGCGCGGCUCCUACGACGCCGCCCACCAGCUGACGGCCUAUGUCAUCGACAAGCUCAACCAGGGCAACUGGCACCGCAAGAUCCACAAGCUCGAGGUCGUGCUCCGCGGCUUCGGCAACGGCCGCGAGGCCGCCACCAAGGUGCUGCUGGGCAACGAGGGCAAGUUCCUGCGGCCCAAGAUCACCGUCGUCAGCGACUCGACCCGCUUGAAGUUUGGCGGUACGAGGAGUAGGAAGCCGAGACGUCUGGGUUAA